AUGGAGACACCGUCGGCCAAGCAGUCGAAAUCCCUCGCAAUCAUUGGUUUGGCAGCCAAAUACGCUCAAGGAGCGACAGAUGUCAACCGAUUCUGGGACUUUCUUUUGGAAGCUCGAGAGGCAACGACGAGCUAUCCAAAAGACAGACUGAACCACGAGGGAUUUUAUCACCCGGAUCCCGAACAUGCUGGAACGACCCACACUCGACAGGCACAGUUUCUCUCUGAGAAUCCCAAUGCCUUCGAUGCUGCCUUCUUCUCGAUCAGCAAGACCGAGGCUGAAAGUCUUGAUCCCCAGCAACGGCUCGUUAUGGAAAAUGUCUAUCACGCCCUUGAGAAUGCCGGGCUCCCGAUGAGCAAGUUCGUAUCGUCCAACACUUCUGUCUUUGCGGCUGGCUUUAACCAUGAUCAUCGUGAUCGACUGAGCACCGAUCCAGACAUAGCCUUAAAACAUCAGCCCACAGGGGCUGAGAGCUCCAUGAUUUCAGGUCGAGUUAGCUGGUUCUAUGACUUCAAGGGCCCCAGCCUGACCAUAGAGACUGCGUGCUCCAGCUCGAUGGUUGCUUUCCACUUGGCUGCCCAAAGUCUACACGCCGGAGAAAGUGAUAUGGCAAUUGUCAGCGGGGCAAAUGUGUGCAGCUCAUUCCAUCAUAUCCUUAGCAUGGGAUACUCGGGAUUCUUCAGUGCGGAAGGGAGGUGUUUUACAUUCGACCAUCGAGCUAAUGGAUACUCUCGGGGCGAAGGCGUAGGAACCGUCAUCCUGAAGGAUCUGGAAAAGGCACUUGGCGAUGGUGAUACCAUUCGCGCCGUGGUUCUCUCCACAGCCCUGGAUCAUGAUGGCCGAACCCCAGGUCUCACUCGCCCUAGUGGAGACGCCCAGGUGCUUCUGAUUCAGAAUGCAUACCGCUCCUGUGGUCUAGACCCCAGGGAAACUUCUUUCGUUGAGGCGCACGGGGCAGGUACGCCUGUUGGGGAUCCAAUUGAGGUUGAGUCUCUGGCGAAGGCUUUUCAAAGUGCCAAGCGAGACCAACCUCUCUAUGUCGGCGCUGUGAAGUCCAAUAUUGGUCACUUGGAGGGUAGCUCUGGGCUUGCGGGUAUCAUAAAAGCUGUCUUGGUUCUGGAAGCUGGUCUCAUUCCCCCGAAUGUCAACUUCGAGAAAGUGAAUCCCCGAAUAAAUAACGACGAGUGGAAUAUCCGCUUUCCACUCAAAGUCACACCAUGGCCGAGAACUGGGCCACGACGGGCUUCUGUCAACUGUUUCGGUAUUAGCGGCACGAAUGGCCACUGUAUAAUGGAGGAUGCUCACAGUUACCUCAAGCGAAAAGGUUUGGUGGGGCGCCAUAACACCCGGUUAGUCGUUUCUCCUUCCAAUGGGCUUGAGCAGAAGAGGGGCGAAGAUGGGCCACCAAGCCGUUUAGACACAAAAAGCCAGCGGGAAAACGAUCUGACCGUCAAAUUGCUCCUAUUUUCUGGCUUUGAUGAAGGUGCCCCUCGUCGUGCUGCUGAACAACUAUUGUCCUAUCUGGAAGCCAGGCAAGAAGUCAGCGAUAGUUCAUUGUUGGACAUCGCGUACACGCUUUCUGAGCGGCGUUCUCGACUUCGCUGGAAUAGUUAUAUACUAGCUACAUCAUGCGAAGAUUUGAGGAUGCAGCUCGCGACUGGACGAGGCCUCUCACAGUCUCAAUAUGGCCAGAAGCCACGUCGAGUGGGGUUCGUUUUCACCGGACAGGGCACGCAGGAUCCUCGGAUGCCUCAACAAAUGCUCCGGUAUCCUGUAUUCCAGCAGUCACUCGCGGCUGCAUCAGCAUAUUUACAACGAAAAGGUUGCCCAGCUCCAAUGAUAGAGUCAAUAUGCGGCGCGAGUGAGUAUCCAAACAUCAAUCUCGCUGAGAUUUCGCACAUUUCAUACACUGUAAUACAAGUUGCAUUGGUGGAUCUGCUAGCAAGCUGGGGCAUUCAACCUGAUCGAGUUGUGGGUCAUUCAUCUGGUGAGAUUGCAGCAGCCUACUGUGCAGGAAAGAUCCCUCGGGAAGCGGCGUGGGAUGCUGCUUACCAUCGUGGACGCUUGCCUAUGCAGAUUCUGGGUAGACCAAAGGGAGCAAUGUUAGCCGUUGGCCUUGACAGUGCUACCCUACUCGCACACGUGGAGAAGAUUCGUCGCAUGGUACCCGGGGAACUUGUUAUCGCAUGCUACAACAGUCCCAGAAAUAACACGGUCUCAGGGGAUGAGAACCUGGUGUUGGCAUUGGAGGAGAGAUUGAGCACAGAAUCGGUUUUCAUGCGUCGUCUCAGAGCUCCAAACGCCUACCAUUCUCCGCGCAUGAAAGACAUUGCGGAUGAGUAUGAGGCUGCCCUAGACAAUGUGUCCGGGGAGGCAGACUAUAACUAUAGGACAUCUGGGGAUCACACCAUUCGCAUGUUCUCGAGCAGCACUGGCAAGGAGGUUUUGAAACCCCUACUGGACAAAACUUACUGGGUCAACAGCCUAGUUUCCACUGUUGACUUUGCUGGGGCAUUGGGACGUAUGUGCUUUGAGGAUGGCCACGGCACAGUCGACUAUCUGAUUGAGAUUGGGCCUCAUGGUGCCCUUCAGAGCGCAAUCAAAGACACUCUAGCUGACGAGGGUUCCAUCUCCUAUCGAAUGAUACUUAACCGCAUGGACUCCUCAACAAGAACAAUACUGAACACCGUCGGUCAUCUUGUCGCUGGGGGUGCAAAUGUCAAUUUGUCUGAAGUGAACAGCUGCUUGCAAUCGGGUUCCGGGAGCCCUGUAUUGGCGGUUGACCUGCCUCCGUACCCCUUCAAUCACUCUGAGAAAAGUCUCUAUGAGAGCCGCUUAACUCGAGCGCUACGAUUCAGGAAGUUCCCGCGACAUGAGCUACUUGGCGCUCCGAUUCCGGACUCGAACUGCUUGCACCAAAGUUGGAAGCACUACCUGCGAGUGAGCGAAAAUCCGUGGUUACGGGAUCAUAUGAUCUCGGGAAAGAUCGUCUUUCCUGGUGCCGGAUAUCUCGUGAUGGCAAUAGAGGCCAUCCGACAAGUGUGGGAUGGGACCACUCAGGCCGGGUUUCGUAUUCGAGAUGUGAAUCUGAAGGCGAUUCUGAUUGUUCCUGUUGAUAACUACGGCAUUGAAACUUGUUUCUCCAUGUGCCCGGCGGAAGAGUCGAAUUUGUCAAAUUCAACAGUCUGGAACCGGUUCUCAGUAAGCUCAUACAGUUUUGAUCUUGAUGAAUGGACUGAGCACUGCACUGGGUUUAUCGCCGGAGACGUUGCUCUCUCUCCCAACCCCGUCACCAAUGGGCGCGAAGCUGCGAUCGACCGCAAAGCCUGGAUUAAGACUCAAGACCAAGCAUCUGCUUGUCAGACAUCAAUGGAGUUUAAUAGGGUCUAUGACAAUCUUGACUCUGUCGGCUUUCGGCUUGGUCCCUCAUUCCGAAAUCUCUCGUCUGUGAAGACGGGAGGAAUCAAAGGGGGCGUUAUGUCCGGAAGAAUCACCAUUCCUGAUGUUGCAGCGGCUAUGCCUAAGGGAUUUGCUCGUCCACAUCUCAUACACCCGACUACACUUGACAAUGCUUUGCAAGCGGGGUUCGCUGCGAUCUGCGAUCUCACCGGCACUAUCACUUUCAGAAACAGCCUUGUCCCUAGCUUCAUAAAACGCGUUUGGGUAUCAGCAAAAGUCCAACAUCAAGGCAGUCUCAGUUGCUAUGCAAAAGCAUGUUAUUUUACGCAUGACGCCUAUACUGCUGCCGGGCGAAUUGACAAUCAAAUUUGUUGUUCCAUGCAGUGGCGCAACGAUGCAAAUUUUAUCUCCACUUCAUCCAUCAACACACUGGAAGAGGAACAAACUGAAUAUGACGCAGAGCGGGUAUGGUUUACUGAGCUGCAAUUAGCGGCUGCACUGUUGGCUAGCAACGCAUUGUCUGAGUUGGAGGGGUAUCACUUUCCAGCCACGGCCCCACAGCACUAUAUCAGAUGUUAUGCAUACCUGAGAAAACUGGCUCAAGACACAGCUAAGGGGUUGCUCCCCGAGGUGAGCCCGGAUGAGUGGCAAAAGUAUUCACAGAACCACGAGAUGAGCAGGGCCCUACUUGUACGUGUCGCUACGCGUGACAUCACCGGGGAACUUCUGUUUCGCAUAGGCACGCAGGUGGCAUCAAUUCUCAAACAGAAAUGCGAUCCUCUGUACCUCAUGUUUGGACAAGAUGACCUCAUGACCAAGUACUAUGACUCGGUCAUGGAGACCGGCCCCUUCCCGACUCGCUUCGCUCAGCUUAUGUCCACGUUUCAUCAUACCUACUCUGAUAUGAGGGUCCUUGAAAUUGGCGCUGGCACCGGCAGUCUCACCAGUCUAAUCUUGCGGCUUUUGUGCCCCGUGGGAGAGCAUAGGGAGUUCCGCAAUAACUGUGUCGCGGAGUACGAUUAUACCGAUCUGUCAUCCAGCUUUUUUGAGAGGGCCAAGUCUCGCUUCGCAGCCUGGGGACACAUACUCCGGUACAAAGUAUUGGAUAUUAGCGUGGAUCCUCUCACACAAGGAUUUGCGCGAGAAUCGUACGACAUGGUUAUUGCUAGCAACGUUCUUCAUGCCACGCCGGAUAUCCUCCAGACUAUGAAACAUGCUCGGUCGUUGCUGAAACCUGGCGGCAGGAUGAUUACUCUGGAGGGUGCGCGUCAGGACACCGCGUAUAUCAAUAUCAUUUUCAGCACAUUGGCUGGAUGGUGGUCAGCAACGGAACUAUUCCGGCAAUGGUGUCCCUACGUUCCAGCCGACAAGUGGGAGAAAGUGAUUUCCCAGUCGGGAUUUUCAGGUGUGGAUAUCGAGAUCCCCAGCUCUCAGUACCCUGAAUUCAAGCAACUCAAUCUCAUGGUAUCGACGGCAUUGGUACCAGUACCUGCCAGUGAUCGUGUGGUUGUGAUUGUAAUCGCAGAGAAUCAGGACGAAAAUCUUGCUCAAGCUCUGCAAGCUCGGCUCAUGAGCAUAGGGGCUGAGCAUUGUUCUAUCGAGCGCCUCCAAUCCCUAGAUAGCAAAUCUUUGCGGGACGUUGUUUGCAUUUCCCUUUUGGAGCUCCAUUGCCUACUAUUGUAUGACAUGGAUGAAGCCAACUUCGACCGCGUUAAGCACUUAUUGACCACCUGCGACCGCAUUCAGUGGGUCACCGGAUGUGAAGACCCGAGACAGACUCUGGCGGUUGGUCUUAUUCGCACGGUCCGAAUAGAACGUGCUGCAGACAAUCUGAAUUUAGUCACUGUGGCGGUCGACUUUGUAAAAAGUUCGGCAGAAGACGUGGUUAACGGGGUCGCGCGGAUAUUCUCGCAUCAAUAUCUACAUGGUAAUUGCACGGGGAGCUACCAUCACAACGCGGAGUAUCUACUUCAUGGGCCACAGAUUCAGACAGCCCGGAUCGUCGAGAACGACGAGGCAACGCAUUCGAUAAACGCUCAGUGGAAAGACCCGGAAAUUGAAUCCACAGGGUGGAAUUCGUUGCAACGGCCGGUAAGGCUUCAGAUUGGACGGCCAGGAGCACUUGACAGUUUACACUGGGUGUCAGACACAGAUGUGUCACGUCCGCUGGGGCCAACGGAAGUUGAGACCCGCGUGUGUGCGGUGGGGUUGAACUUCAGGGACCUACUCGUAGUGAUGGGAGAGCUUCCGGAAGUGACCAUUGGUGUUGAGGCUGCUGGUAUCGUGACCCGAGUAGGGUCAGCCGUUAGCGGGCAGCUACAGGUUGGAGAUCGAGUGGCAUAUCUCGACUACGGGUCCAACUUUGGUGCAUUACGAACAUUGGGACGAAUUGAGCAGGACCUCGUGGUACGUGUCCCAGCAGCCUUGCGCAUUGAAGAGGCUGCUAGUAUGCCAGUCAUAUGGACCACAGUUCUGUAUGCCUUGAAGAAGGUUGCCCAGUUGGGGCCUGGUGAGUCAAUUCUGAUCCAUGCGGCUGCAGGUGGAGUUGGACAGGCGGCCAUACAGUACUCUCAGAUGGUUGGAGCUGAAAUCUUCGCCACUGUGUCAACAGUCGAGAAGAAGACGGUCCUGGUUAGCAAGUACGGGAUUCCGGCGGACCACAUCUUCUUCACCCGAGACCUAGCUUUCGUAAGUGGGAUCCGUCAGCUGGCACCAGAAGGGGUGGAUGUUAUCCUCAACUCACUGUCUGGGGAGGCUCUGCACGAGUCCUGGGGCUGUCUUGCGCCGUUGGGGCGCUUUAUCGAAGUUGGCAAGCGGGAUAUCCGAGCUGGUGGAAAGCUAGACAUGGGCCCCUUCUCCAACAACAAAAUGUUUGUUGGAGUAGAUGCGCUUAAGCUGGCAAAGCAUUGCCCCAGACUUGUGAGCAACCUCUUACAUGAGCUCAUGCAACUGUGGCAGGAUGGAAAAAUCCAUCCACCAGAGCCGGUGACGUUCGUGCCAUACGGGCAGAUACAACCCGCCUUACGAUCUCUUCAGACGGGCCAGAAUAUGGGCAAGAUCGUCUGCGUUCCGCAGCAGACUGACGAGAUUCCUUGUGCUCCUGAUCCCCCAGCGGCGUAUUCUCUUGACCCGAAUGCUGCCUACAUCUUGGCGGGUGGAAUGGGGGGAAUCGGCUGUAGUAUCGCCCAUUGGAUGGUUAUGCGAAGAGCGAGGCAUUUAAUCUUCCUCAGCCGGACCCCUCAACUGCACACCGCCGGGCAGGCCACGGUAUCCACCUUGGAGGCCAAGGGCUGCCGGGUCCAGGUGAUCUGCUGUGAUAUUUCGAACGCCGAGAGAACCCAUACCGUUCUCCGAGAUAUCCAAGGUCCAAACGGUGCUUCGAUUCGGGGAUGCAUAAUCUGCGCACUGGCGUUAGCGGACAGUGCGCUCGAGAAAAUGAGCCACCGUCAAUGGCAGGAGCCCCUCAAAGCCAAGGUGCAGGGGUCCUGGAAUCUUCACCAACUUCUCUCAUCUGACAAUCUUCAGUUCUUCGUUAUGCUCUCUUCGAUAUCAGGCGUGGUUGGAAAUCGCGGUCAAGCAAACUACAACGCCGGAAACACCUUUCAAGAUGCACUGGCCCGGCUACGUGUGUCUCAGGGUCUCCCGGGCGUGAGCAUUGACCUCGGCGCCGUCGACUCGGUGGGGUUCUAUGCCGAACAUCGAGAGUCUCUCCGUCACAGCUUCAGAGCUGUUACCGUGCAUCGCGAGGAUCAGAUGUUGGCCAUCAUUGAACACGCACUGGACCCACGGUUGAAGCGAACUCCGGCGACCUGUCAGCUCAUUUGCGGGUUAGCCACUAGAUCCGCGUACGAGCAACGUGGUAUCCCCAUUCCGCCCCAUCUGCAACAUCCAUUGUUCAUGAAUCUGCGGGAUCACGUGUCUUCAGUCGGGCCGCCGACAGGCUCGAUCAAGCAACAUGAUGUGCAGACUCUACUAGCCACCGCUCAGAACGAGGAAGCUGCCAUAGAGGUGGUGCUGGUGGGAAUCCAGAAAAAGCUGUCCUCGAUACUGAGCAUUGCCGAAGACGAGAUUGACCCGUCGCGCUCGGUGCGGGAGAACGGGGUGGACUCGCUCAUCGAGAUGGAAUUUCGGACCUGGGUGUCCAGGGACUUGGGGAUGACCUUAGACAAGGCCGACUUUAAUAUGAAGAGUCUACAGGAGUUGAGUGUUGAGGUGGCUAGAUUUAGCUCCUUGACACAUUACAAAUAA